GCACAUGCCAUGUUACAUGUAACUAACUCUCUCUUAUACCAAACACAAACACAAACAUUAGAUAUUUCCAAUGAAGUGGGAGUUCCAGACCAGACACAGAGACCCUCCUCGAAAUGCUGUCUAUUAUUCCCUUUGAUAUCUCUGUAUCCUCAACUCUCACCAAAUUCUCACCUUUCAAUAUCACUUCUAAGAAAUCAAACUCUUUCCCUUCCAAGAUUUCACCUUUCUCCAAUGAUUCCUCUCUCCUUUCUCUCCCCAACUCAGGAAUUUGCAGGGCUAGUGAAGUUGCUGAUUUGUUCCCAGCAGUGUGUCCUGAAAUUAUUGUCCGGGAGGCAAGGUUGGAGGACUAUUGGGGAGUGGCAGAGACUCACUGCAAGUGCUUCUUCCCUGAAUAUUCCUUCCCAUUAGAUUUUGUGCUCAGAAUAGACAGAUUGUUGGUGGCUAUGUUAGCAGGUAUUUUAGCAGGAUUCUUCAGGCCAAGACACUGCAGAAAAAUCUGUUUGGUGGCUGUUAUUGGGACCUCACUUGAUGAGUCUUUUUCAUUUGGAAACAAAAUUGGUAGUUUUGAUGGAAAAUUCAGUCCCAACAAGGGUUAUGUGGCUGGUAUAUUGACAGUAGACAAUAAUGCAGACUUUCUACCAAGAAAGGGGCCAAGGAGACAUAGAAGGACUGGAGUUGCAUACAUAUCAAAUGUUGCAGUGAGAGAAAAUUUUCGGAGGAUGGGAAUAGCUAAAAAACUGAUAGAAAGGGCUGAGUCUCAUGCGAGAAGUUGGAACUGUCGUGCUAUUGCACUGCAUUGUGACUUGGAAAAUCCUGUGGCCACAAUGUUAUACAAAGGCCAAGGUUACAAAUGUGUCAUGGUUCCACAAGGAGCAAAGUGGCCUCAACCAAGAACCUCAUCAGAUAUCAGAUUCAACUUCAUGAUGAAACUUCUAAAAGAUUCACCACUCUAGUUAGACAUAUAGUAGGAAAUAGUAUUCAUUAACAUUGUCUAUUAGAAAACAGUUCACUAUAGUCAUUAUAACAUUCCAGAAUUGUAAUAUACUACUUCUUUGAAUACUAUAAUUAUUAAAAUGAUUUGGAUUCAUAUGA